AUGCGCAGCGGCGCCGUGGGCAUCAACCUGACCGCGGCCAACCACGUGUUCCUGCUGGAGCCCUGCAUCAACCCGGCCCUGGAGGAGCAGGCCAUAGGGCGCGCGUGGCGCAUGGGGCAGCAGCGGCCGGUCGUGGUGAAGAAGUUCUACGUCAAGGGGUCUAUAGAGGAGCGGAUCAUGGAGGUGCGCAAGCACAGGCAGGAGGCGCGCGCUGCCACCCACCCCGCCCCCGCGCCAGGCGGCGCCGCCGCCGCCGCGGCAGGGACGGCGGCGCCGGCGCAGGCGGCGACAGCCGUGGGGCAGGGCAGCGCUGCGGCGGCCACGGGCGCGGGUGCCGCGGCGGGCGCCUCCGGGCAGGCGGGGGGGAGCGCACCGCCGGCGCCGGCCCCCGGCCAGCAGCAGCAGCAGCCCCAGCAGCAGGGGCAGCAGCAGCAGCAGCAGCAGCAGCAGCAGCAGCAGCAGGGGCAGGGGCAACAACACGGCGCCCCUGCCGGCGAGGAUCUUCCGGAUGAGGAGGUCUUGACAGGGGCGGAGCUGGGCGGGCGCCGCAGCGUGCAGCCCAAGGUGACUGCUGGCGUGAUGGCGGGCAACCUGCGCGCGGACAGGCAGGUGCUCAGGGUGGCUGAGCUGGACCUGCUCUUCCAG